AUGGCCACCGAAAACCUUGCGUCGCCGGCCUUACCGCUGCCGCCUCCCAUACCGGGCCCAUCCGCUCCGCCGAAUCGCGAACCCUUCACGGCGCCGGCGAUUACACCUCUCGGUACUAGUGCCCCGCCCGCCGCCCCCGUUCUUCCGCAUCAACAGUACGAUCCGGCACUAGAUCCCGCCAUUAAGCAAUUGCUAGACCAGCAGGCCGAGAUCCAGGCAAGGCUGGCCGCCUUGCUUCCCCAGAAGUAUGGCCCAAACGUCAAGCUGGAGCUCGAGAUGCUACACCACAAGCUUCGUGUACUGCGCGCAUACGCCGAGGACAACCAAUUAUCGGGCAGCAUCACUCCCCUGUCCGAGAUAGAGGAGGCAAGAGCACUGCAGUAUCAGUGUGAGUGUAUCGAGAUGGCUUGUCUGGACCAAGGUAUCGACCUCCAAGAUCCUCGGUUCCUCGAUGCACUCAAGUAUCACUAUCACCGAGACCAGGCCCCAGAAGGAUAUGCUGUUUGGCUGGAUAGGAACUUUGCCCAGUACGACCCCGUCGCUCGGGCACUGCGGUUAAAGGACAGCAUGCCCCUAGGCUUCCGCAAUAGCCACUCAUUCAAGUGCUGGGACGACCGGUGCAUGCACUACAUCUACGGCUACCCCCAUCGGGACGACCGGGACCAGCACUCCAAGGAACAUGUCGUUCCCCGUAAGAGAGAUUCGGGCCUUUCGGUCGGAGGCACGCCGCCGUUAUCGUUCACCGAGCAUCCGGGCCGAAACCACGGUGCCGACUAUAGUAAACAGACGAGUUCGCCGCUCUAUCUCCCCCGCCCAGGCGCGAACUUUCAGCUCGCCCCUUUGGCAACGGGCAGUCAAGGCAGGGAUCACCGGGAAUCGUUAAGAAGCUACUCGUUCGUCCCCGAGUAUCCAGCCGGCCCUCGCGGCUCUGUCGACUCCGAGGUUGAUCCGCUGUUACCACCUCUGAAGCGCAGCCGCGUGGGACAAGCUCGACUGGAGUCCAUCGAGGAACUUCGCCUCCUCCGCGAUAACGGACCAUGUUUGCGUUGUAGAGUACUUCAGAAAACAUGUGAUUCCAAUGACCCUUGUAGGCUCUGCCCCGAUCCAGCGACAUCCCCCGGCAACGACUUCUGGAAAGCUCUCGACUGCCUAAGAGGACCCCUUACCGCCUUUGCCGAUAUCAUGCUGCCGGCGUCGAUGGCCCCCAGACAUGCCCAGACACCCAUGACAUCACCCCUCGCUGUUCGCCGCAACAUGAACGACUUCUUGGAUAGGGCCUUUGUCGUGCCGCCGGAGAUCGCGAGAAUGGUCAAGGCCCAUCUGGAUUUCGACGAUGGCUUCUGGUGGACCGAGGACCUCGCUAACUUGCCACUACCCAACCCGACUCGUGCUGCCUUCCACAAGGAUCCUAUCGAGAGACCACCGCCGAUCCUCAACGUACUUGCAGCUAGUUGGAAUAUGAACCAGACCAUGUAUAGCUUCUGGCAGCUUCUAAAAUUAACUGGUGUGCUGUCCGAGAGCCGAGACUUUGAACUCGCCAAAUAUCCGGUACUGUACCGCGCCAAGCUGCUUCUCCGCGAAACCCUCUUUUACGACCUCCAACAACCCGAUCCGGCCAUCCAUGCUGAGCCAAACAGCUCAGCUUCGCAUGUGGUAUUCGACGAUGCCGAUUCCUAUGGGCGCUUCUAUGUGCUUUACAACUGCAUGGUUCAGUUUCUACAAUCCCUCGACACCCAGAUGGCCCAACCUAACCCGCACGACCCGAAGCAUUGGCUGGCUAGCUUCUUCGCCCUCUGCAUCUUUAGCCUAGUAAAGACCAUCCUAGUCGAUAGAGCCGCGCAUCUCCGUUUCAAUCCGCCCUCGCACGCCGGUAUACUAGCCAUGCACGCCGUUUACAAGGCGCUCGUCAGUGCCUUUGCCUGGUCCACACCGAUGCUUCUCGAUGGCCAGGAUAUAGAGAUGGGGCACGGUGAUCGCGAGCUGCUCCUUUCGGUUGGCAUGUUUCUGGGAAGGAACGCGUGGGCUGAGCGUGGUAUCCCGUCAUCGAAAGACUUCCUCAUGUUCCUUGGGAGCGGGGAGAUCGAGGGCGCCUACUAUAACGGCUUCAUCAAGCAGCGGUCGCCUGCGAGGCAAGGUUCCUUUGCCCUGCCGCCGAUCACCAAGCCGAGCGAGGAACCCAGGAAACCGCUUCCUGACAUGCGACCGCUCAUCACUAGCUGGGGCCCUGCCGUCCAUGGCCCAGCGGACAGAGAGGUCUACGUCUUCAAAGGAGAGCCCGACCGGAUGCUCGCGUCGCCCCAGACGAUGGACCCAGGGAGGCGGCACACCGUUUCUGAGAGCCCAACCUUCAUGAGGCAGCCCGGCCGUGUGCUGACAUCACCAGUUGCCACGCCCAGAAUGCGAGCUUCCUACCAACGGCCACCGCUUCGGAGAGUCUAUUGCACAAAGUGCAACGAAUACCCAGAGGGGUUUCGCGGCGAGCAUGAGUUGAGGAGGCACAACGAUGCGAAGCACGCCGCCCUAGUGAAGAGGUGGGUGUGCACACAGCCGCCGGAUCCUCCGGGCUCGCCCCACCCCUUAAUACCACUGGCAAAGUGCAAGGCCUGUGUCACGCAGAAACGCUAUGGUGCCUACUAUAACGCAGCCGCACACCUUAGGCGUGCCCAUUUCAACCCUAACCGUGGCGGCAAGGCGAGCGGUGACUGGCCACCCAUGUCGAUCUUGAAGGACUGGAUGCGUGAGGUGCGACAGUCGAUCGACGUGCAAGAUCAAGAUGACGGGUCCAGCGGGGACGACGAAGCGCAGGACUACAAAACUGUCCACGACUUCAUCUCCCCACCACACCGGCGCUCCCCUGUCUUGGAAGCCCCGCGUCUUGCGCCAGCGUCACCGAUGCCUCCGCAGGCACAUGGGCCACCCUUAUUAGCACCUUCUCUCGACCGUCUUAACCCCGUUGGUCCUCCACCCAUUAUUAUCCAGAGUGCGCAGAGCGCAUUCCUGGCGCCCACGCCAACUCUCAAGAGCGACGAGCCGCCGCAUACAUCGAGCUCCUCAUCCUCAUCCAUUCGCAGCCGCUGCCCGCACCCCGAGUGCGGUCGCGUCUUCAAAGAUCUCGCGGCUCACAUGCUGACACACAUGGAGGAACGGCCGGAGAAAUGCCCCAUUGAGACUUGCGAAUAUCACAUCAAGGGGUUCGCACGCAAAUACGACAAGAAUCGGCAUGCCUUGACGCACUACAAGGGCACAAUGGUGUGUCCGUUUUGUCCGGGGGCCGGGACCGCAUACGAGAAAGCGUUCAACCGUGCAGAUGUGUUCAAACGGCAUCUAACAGCGGUGCAUAAUGUCGAACAGACCCCGCCCAACAGCAGAAAAAUGAUUCUACCUACAGGCCCUGGACGAGCCGGAGGGGUCGGUGCCAAGUGCAACAUCUGCCAGAGCCAGUUCGGCACCGCCCAGGAGUUUUAUGAGCAUCUCGAUGAUUGCGUGCUGAAUGUCAUCGUUCCGUCGACGCCGAAGACGGCCGGCAGCGGGGGUGGCAGCGCCAUCACAAGGAAGGAUUCCGCGACGAGGACCCCGACAACUGCGGGCACCGAGAAGGGCAAAGGACUUGACAUGGAGAUAGAGGCGCGUUCCCGGGAGCCCACACAACCGCGAGCCGACCCGCGAGAUACUAGCAUGGAACAAGCCAACACCAUAGACCGCACGCCCAGCGCCGGCGAGCAGCGUCGGGACGAUGGGGCAUCUUCUGCCGGGGAGAAGGACCCAAUGCAAAUCGACCGACAAGAGCAGCAGCAACCAGCGGAGCAGCGAUUCGAAUCACAGCCCUCCUCCCAAACCCCGCCUUUCUCUUAUCCCCAGCCGCAACCAGAACGAACACAUUCCGGGCAUACCUCGGAACCCGAGCCGAAAAACGAAAUCCAGGUCGCAAUGCCAGGCGCCGCCCCUCCCAGCCGAGAUGAGGAGGCGAUGGAGGUCGAGAGAUCCAGCAGCGCCGGCGCCAGCACCAGCCAGUCACAGCAAUCAGACCAGCCGCCGCCAAGCCUCGGAGCCACGGAAACAAAACACCAGAUGAUGCGGCCGGAGGUUACGCUCGGUUCGCCGGCGCCGGAUGCCAUGGAUACGGACUCGCAGUGA